AUGAGCCAUCCGUUGCCUGCAAAGCCUGGGAGUGGGAGUACGAGUGCGGCUCCGACUCCGACCCCCAGCACCCGCACAAGCACCGCCACCUGCCGCAGGGCCAUCGAGACCACAGCCCACACCGGUGCCUACACUGGUUCCGUCGGCGCUAUCGCCUACUUCGUCGUUGCUUAUCUCAGCGGUUGGACUGCCGGCGUCUGCUGCUGUCGAGUGCCGUGCUUGGACUGGGGCCGACGAGGCGAUCGAGAGUGCGCGAAAGCAUGUGGUGGUGUUGCUGCCGGUGCUCCCGACAUUGCCACUGCAUUGGCCGCGAUAAUCACACCGAAUGCAAAGCUCACGCUCUGGGCCUUUGCGCUUGUUACAAACGAGGUUGGCGCCCCCAGAUUAUCCGCGUUGGAUUUUAGCGAUUUAGGACUGACAGAAACCACUCCUCCACUCGCGUCCUUUGAACUCGCCCAUCUCCACCCAUGUGGCCACUGUGAGGCCGCACCUACCCGUGCGUCACUCAUUGCGCCAUAUCUACCAACUAUGGCUAUCCGCACUGCGUGCCCUCGUUCUCGAACGCCUCACACACCCACACCUACUGCCUACUCCACACGGUUCUCCUCAACUCUCCACACACAUCCACCGGUGAAUGGGGCCGUCAGUGGUCUGAACAGCGAUCCUCACCCACGCACACGUCCAUAUAUCUCUCGCCCACCCGCUCCCACGCCCCUCUCCCCCUCACACAUCCUCAUUCAUCUCUAUCCACACCAAACACAUCUGUAUCCCUUGCCGACCAACGCUUCUAUCGCACCUGGAACUCCACUCCGAUUAUUACCCGCUUUUGCCCCUGCUUAUGCGCUCGCUCCCUACACCGGACAUACCCCAUCUGGUCCGUAUGGCUUCGCCCAGUCUCUAGGUGGGAGGGGCGUCCCCCCUUCUGCGAGUGUCUCCCCAUGUAUACUCGUAUGGCUACCCCUGCCCGCGACCGGCUCUCCAGCCGCCGCGUCUCCUUCUGGAUUACCUACUCCUUCGGCUACCACACCUGCCGCCGCUACCAGCUCCACCGGAUCACGCGGCAUGUAUGCCAUCUGGCCGAGGACACUGUGCGUCGUGGAUAGCAAGCUGCCGAGUAUAGACGUAGCCAAAUUGCCUAUGCUUCCUCCCGGACUGAGCACCCAAGGCCCAGGAUGGACAAAACCUCGCAGAUUCGGCGCAAACAAGACACGACUCGUCAAACCCAUCUCUUUGGCCCCAUCUGCGAAUCCAGGCUCACAACCCAGUACCUCGAAUACGAUCCAAGACGGAGACCCUUCUCUGGUCGCACUCGCAAACACCGCCUCGAACCUCAUCGACGCCGUCGUCCGCGCCCGCGAAAAAGAGAAAGAAAAACAGCGCGCUAGGAUGGAACGUGCGCGGAGCGGAAGCGCGUCUAUUCCUGCGCUGGCCACGAGCGCGCCUUCGACGCCCGUCGAUGCCAUCCAUCCGAUUCAUACCCCACCGCCCCCCAGCCCUCCCCAACUACUCGCUCAACCACAACCCGACUCAGACCCAAGUCCAAACCCAAAUCCAGACUCAAACCAGACCCAAACUCAAACACCCACAUCCCUCGCAAACACCCCAAUCCAAUACGUGGCUCGGCAAACUCUAAGUGCUCCCGCUGCCCAUACUCAACCACCGAUUAUCCAUGCCUCGCCGAGCGCGUCCGACGCCUUUGAUCUCGGGAUGGACCUCUUUGGAGACGCAGAGUACAACGCGAUCGGCGUGGACCCGCAAGACCCGGUAUACGCCGACGCCGGGUUUGCGUUUCCGCUCGACGGGUGGGGUGUGGCGGAUGUUCCUGCCGACUCGAAGAGUAGCGACGAUCAGGUCCAGGAUUCGGAUUUUGAUUUUUUCGGAGAUCAGUGGACGGCUGGUGGUGCUAGUGCUGCUGGUGCUGCUGCUUCUGGUGCUGCUUCUGAUACCCCGCAGGGUGGACAGUUGCAGCUCAUUACGCCUGUCGCUCAGGAUCAACUUAUGGAUGUUGACUUGGACUUGGGGAUCGAUCUUGGGUUGGAGAUGGAGGUCGAGUCGGCCACAAACGACAAGGACAAGGACAAGGAAAAAGAAGAGGAGACGGAAAACGAAAAUGUAAAAGAAAAAGAGGCGACCCCGGUUUUGGACGACGACACGGGAGGAGCAUGGGAUCCGUUAAAGUUUGGGGAAAAGUAUCAGAAUGUGGACGACAAGUAUCGCGGUACCCAAGGAAAGUUUGGAGUUCGGGGAGGGUUGACUGUUCCGCCGUCUAGACCUCGAGCAAGGACAUUCAACCAGGGAAGAAUAGAGGAAGGAACGGCGAGAGAGAGCUGGGCUCUGAGCUUUUGUGCGACCCCGACAUCGGUUCUUGCGAAACGCAUAGAGCUCGGGCUGGGACUCCGACCCCGGUCAAGUUCGAGUCUUUCCUUUCAGCAGCAACCUAGUCCGCAACUACAGCUCUCAAAGUCCCAGCCUAAUCCAUAUGUAUUCCAAGCGCGCCCGUAUCCUCAGCUCCAGCUCCACCACCUCCCCCAAUUCCAACUCAAAAACCAGCUCCCGACACCUUCGCCCUCUCCAAAUGCGCAUCGCAAGUUGCGCUCGGGGUACAUUAACCUAACAAACCCCUCGGCCAAACGGAUUCGCACACUCCGACUUGCCCAUUCUCAACCUGUCAUGUCGACCAACACCGCCAGGCCUGUGUUUGCGCGCGACUGGGUCCCGAUCGUGGCUCCGCAAAGUCCAACCGCGACGGUGGUAUCCUCCGCAUCGGAAGACUCGGACUCGUCCGCCGACGACGACGACGACGAAUUCAUACCAGGUACCGCACCGCGUAGCGCAGCUCCCUCGCGAGGGACGACACCCCCUACAAGUGCGCAUCCCAACGGACUGCUGUCGUCUCCACCGGGCCCGGCGCUCCUCGUUGCGAUGUUUAGGCCAAACGCACUGGGCUCGGGGAUGUUGGGCGAUGUGUUGACAUGGACGAGUCAGGACUCGAAGGAAAAGCCCGUUGUGCCUGUAUCGGUUCCUACGCCCGUCUCGCCUAGAGAAGCUGCCGUCGCAGUUGGAACUGUUGAAGCGGGCGUGAACGUUCUUGCGCGCGAGGCGGUGGAUAACUGGGCAUGGGGCGCCGACCAAGUCAUCCAAGCGGACACACCCACACCCGCGACCCAACCGAGUCGAACGAAUGAUGCUCCUCGGCUCGUGUCUCUCUGCGCUCGCGCUCGCGCCCGGGUCCGAAACAAUGACACUGUCCAAGCUGACGGCCGUGCCCAAACUCGACCUCCCUCUGCCAGCGAUCAUGACGGAUCGGGCGUACCUGGGCAUAGCGGGCAGGUCGUGCAGGUGUAUGCGCCCGCGUUGAGGUUUUGGGAGGUCGUGGGGCUGGAACCUGUUGGUGGGGCCAAAGAUGUGGUUGCGUAUGCGGUGGUCGAGGAAGGUGAGGAGGUUGGGGUCGUCAAGCGGUGGAUGGAACGUGUUGGGCAGGUUUACGAGACGAGGCGACUUGGGAAACAUGUCGUUGGAGAUGUUGGAGGUGGAGUUGUUAGUGUCAAGUGGGAAAGUAUGGUCAAGACGUUGGUUUCGUUUAUUUCGUCGUUGCCUCUGACGCAGUCGCAUAUUAUCCUAUACUUGAUUAUUCCCCAGCGUGCAUUCUCAUCACCAGCCCUUCGAUCAUUCAUCCCAACUCUUGAAUCAAACAAAUUUAUUUCCACUCUAUCCGAACACCGUCAUCGCCUCAGCACGCAUCUUGUCCCCGCCUCGCUCCUGUUUGACCACUCGACGACCCCUCCCGAAUCGCGCCAGCGACUCGUUUCCACUGCGCUCUCGGUGUACGACCGCAUUCCACGUACCGUUGGCCGCCGCAUCCGCCGUGAAAUCAUUUCGCUCGACAUACCCGCCCACACAUCCGUGCACGUCCCAGCAUACACGCUCGCCCGCCCGCUCGCACCCCGCUUCCGAUUCUCCAUGGACUGGCCAGAUGCGCAACGUGAGGUAUUCGACCGCCACAUGUUCUUACACGUCGGAUACAGCUAUUCCAAGUCUAAACGCUGGUUGGGUGCCACAUGCAUCGACGAACGCGGGGAAGCGUACGAAACCAAGGUGUGGAUGUGCGAAGAGUGGAGUGUCGGCAAGGUCAUUGCCAAGGUAUGGUCGUUUGCCAUGCGAUUCGCCAAGCGUGCUGCGAUCGAGUGGAGAAUUGUUUUUUGCAAGAUGGGAGAAAUGGAAUGGGAUGAGGUGCAAGCUUGGGAGGCGCAUACAUCUGCCAAGAUGAGUGGAGAUACGCGGCUCGGGAUGCAUGUGUCUGUUUUAAGGUUCGAUCUCGUCACCGGCUUGGCACUUUCAACGAGUGCUUCUCCAAGUGUCAAGGCUCCGGUCGCCCCCGCUGGAACGCCGCCUUCGACCGUGGUUGAUCUUACCGCGAAUGACUAUCUCGUCUUGCCUGGAUACGAUACCGAAGUUUGCACUAUCCCAGAUUUGGACUCUCCCGUAUCUGAUUCAACGCCAAGCGUUCUGCCUCUUGCGACUGCACACUACUUCCGCCUCACGGAUCCUCCUAUCACUCGGCCUAUGGGUAGGUUAACAGAGAUACCGUCCAAGACGGACGAUCCGCCUGUGGGAUUGCUGUCUUCUCAACUUCACCUCCUGCACUUUAAUCUUACUCAAAACUCGAGCCUCUGGAAAUCAGGAGGAGACCCAUGGCGCGAGCUUCUCCAAAGCUUCUAUGCUCUAACCACUCUCACCCAAACCCGGUUCCCAUCUCUCGAUCCGCUACCUAUUCACCUUGCAAUGUUGAACAUUAUACUUGGCGUAUCGGAUAACCGGGAACUGGUUCCCGUUGAUUUGACUCUUGAAUCGUCGUCUUGA